GUUUGAUCGUUGGGAAGUCAGGGAGUUGGCUUUGGGCACAAGCAUCCGAACUACCGAUGGCAGUAGGUAGGCCAGGCAGUGGCAGAUCGUCGUGGACAAGCGAAGGUGGUGAUGAGAGAAUUUAUUAAUUGGAUAGAAUUGUUGUAUGAUUGAUAGGAAAAGAAAAUGGCGGGAGUGGGAGGAGUUGGAGGAGGAGAAAUGCAAAGAGCACACGCAGCAAUGGCGAUGGUGCAGCUGUUCAAUGGGGGAUACCAUGUAAUCACCAAGGUUGCUUUGAACGUGGGUAUGAAUCAGGUCGUGUUCUGCGUCUUCCGCGAUGUGCUCGCCCUCUCCAUCCUCGCCCCUGUUGCCUAUUUCCGUGAAAAGAGGGUCAGAACACCAAUAACUAUCCGGCUUCUCAUGUCAUUAUUCUUUCUUGGGUUAACUGGGAUAUUUGGCAAUCAGCUUUUAUUUCUUAUUGGUCUUAAGUACACAAAUCCAACUUAUGCGGCAGCCAUACAGCCUUCAAUUCCUGUCUUUACAUUUCUGUUGGCUGCAAUGAUGGGUACAGAAACAGUGAAUUUGGCCACAAAUGAAGGCCAGAUGAAGAUCGGUGGCACACUUGUUUGUGUUUCUGGAGCCACUUUAAUGGUUUUAUUCCGUGGUCCAGCUGUAUUUGGGUACUCUGGAUUGGAUUUUGGAAUGCAAAGUGAGAUAAGUGCAAAGGCUCAACUAGAGCCUUCUGGAUGGUUGACAUCUAGUCUACUGGAGUUUGGGCUUCAACCAUGGCACAUUGGUGUGUUAUGUUUGAUAGGGAACUGCAUGUGCAUGGCAGCUUAUUUAGCCAUACAGUCUACAGUUUUAGUGAAGUAUCCGGCCAGCCUUUCACUGACAGCAUACUCAUAUGCUUUUGGUGCUUUUCUUAUGGUAAUUGUGGGACUUUUAUCAACCAAUGCGUCUACAGACUGGAGCUUGACACAUUCUGAGUUACUUGCAGUCUUAUAUGCUGGUAUCAUUACAUCUGCUGUUAACUAUGGACUCUUGACAUGGUCCAACAAGAUUCUAGGACCAUCAUUGGUAUCUCUGUAUAAUCCUCUUCAGCCUGCUGCAUCUGCCUUCCUAUCAAGGAUUUUCCUAGGAAACCCUAUAUAUCUGGGAAGCAUUUUAGGGGGAUUUCUGAUAAUCUCUGGACUUUAUAUGGUCACUUGGGCAUCCUACAGAGAAAGGGAAGAUGGGAUCAUUACUCAUGUGAGUCUGUCAGCUGAACCUCUUAUUCUCAGGGACUCACCACGCAAGAAGUCUUCAUACCAGAGAGGACAUAAUUUUUCUGCCCCGUCCACCUCACUUCUGAAGGCAAUUGAUUGAAGAAACAUAAGAUGGAUUUCUCAUUAAAUUGAAAAGUUCUUUUUGAUAA